AUGGACUCAAAUCCUUCUAGUGAUCAAGAAAGCCGAAAGAGAUUGAAAAUACAAGACUUAGAAGAUCACGAGCGACUGCUUCUUCAUGUUGAUCGGUUUCAUCAAAGUGAGAGUUACCCCAGAAUUCAUGAUAAGAAUGAGAUCCCUCCUGGCUGGUUGGAUUGCCCUUCACUUGGUCAACAAAUCUUAGGCUGCAUUCUUCCUUCCAAGGUCCCUCUUGAUGAAUCCUUCCAAACCAACAUUCCUCCUGGAAAAACAUACUCUUUCAAACAAGUGAUUCAAAGGGUGGAAAAUUCCGAUGGGAAGCUGAGUUUAGUGGUUGAUUUGACGAAUACUCGUCGUUACUAUUCAGUUCCAGACUUGAAGCAAAAAGGGAUUGAGUAUGUCAAGAUUAGAUGCAAGGGGGGUGAUGCUAUGCCCGAUAACUUCUCCGUGAAUAUUUUUGUGUAUGAGUUGUCGAAAUUCUUUUCACGUCAGGCGAAUGAGUCGAAGAAUUACGUGCUUGUUCAUUGUACACACGGGCAUAAUCGGACCGGGUUUAUGAUUGUUCACUAUCUGAUGCGUUUUCAGCCAUUGAUGCCUGUCACUCGAGCAAUGGAAAUAUUUGCUCUUGCUCGUCCUCCUGGGAUCUACAAGCCAAACUAUAUUGAUGCUCUGUAUGCAUUUUAUAACGAAGGAAAGCCUGUAAUGUUUGCCUAUCCAUCACCUCCUCAGUGGAAGAAUACCUCGAAUGCAUCGUUGAAUGAGAAUCAUAAAGUGGAUGCAGGUCCAACAACACAAAAUGAUGAUAUCUUGGGAGAUAAAAUACCAUUCAAUCAAAUGAAAUCACUUAGGGAAUCAUGCUACAAGAUGUUGAACCUAAAUGUUGAAAGAGCUAGAAGGUUUCCAGGGUCUCACCCUGUUUCACUCAACAGGGAUAAUUUGCAACUUUUGAGGCAACAUUACUAUUAUGCUACAUGGAAAGCUGAUGGGACUCGGUACAUGAUGCUAAUAACUGUCGAUGGAUGUUAUUUGAUCGAUAGACAUUUUAAUUUCCGAAGAGUUCAGAUAAGGUUCCCAUGCAGUUACAGAAAUAGUACUCACCAUUAUACCUUGCUUGAUGGAGAGAUGGUGAUUGGUACUUUGCCAUGUUCUCAAAACAAGGAAAGAAGAUUCUUGGUUUUCGAUAUCAUUGCUUGUAAUGGAAAUAAUCUGAUGGAGAAACCAUUCUCUGAAAGAUGGAAUUUGGUGGAGAAAGAAGUGAUCGAGCCUCGAAAUCGAGAUCAGAAAAACAUUAGCCAAAGCAAGCAUUCGUGUUACAGAUAUGAAUUGGAAUCUUUCAGGGUUGGGAGAAAAGAUUUUUGGUCACUUUCAACUGUGCCAAAGAUAUUAAAGGAGUUAAUCCCCAAACUUUGUCAUGAAGCAGAUGGUCUUAUUUUUCAAGGUCGAGAUGAUCCUUACAUGCCUUACACUCAUGAAGGCCUUCUCAAAUGGAAAUAUGCUGAAAUGAACUCAGUUGAUUUCCUGUUCCAGAUGGGUGUUAACGAUGAUCAUAAACUUUUCCUUCACGAAAAUGGGAGAAAGAAGGUGAUGGAAGGGCACAGAGUUGAAUUCAGAGAUGGCUCAAAUCCUAGCUCGUAUUCUGGGAUGAUCAUUGAAUGUUCUUGGGACAGCAAGGACGCGGUGUGGGUUUAUAUGAGGAAGAGAAAUGAUAAAAGAAGCCCUAAUGAUUUGAAUACCUACAAGAAGGUGAUGAGAAGCAUAAGGGAUAACAUUACAGCAGACAUUUUAUUACAGGAGAUUGAUCACAUUAUUUGCUUGCCUAUAUAUAAACAUCCUCCUACUCAUCGGUUGAGUUUUAAAUACUUAUGUAUGUUUAUGAGUAUACUUAUUGUAAUAUUUAAAUGUCAUAUAACAGUACUACCAUUAGCAGCUAAAGAUUCUAUGCAAAUAAUUAAUUAA